CUGCCGUCUCCCAAUAAGCGCGGUAUGCGCGAGCUGGCCGUUGGUGGGCAUGCUCCCUGAGUGCCCCGCACCAACAUGGCCGAUUCUCCUCUGGGGUGACUUUAAUUGUCAGUUUUCGAUUCUAGUCGGCCGGUGCCCAUUUCUCUUCAGAAAGCUCUGAGCCCGGGGUGGAGCUGGGGGAAGGAAGAGUGGGUUCGGGGGUGAAAGGUGAGAGAGGACCUCAGGCUUCCGGGCCGGCUUCAGGAGAGGAAGAUGGCUGAGGGUGAGAGGCAGCCGCCGCCAGGUUCUUCGGAGGAAACCCCUCCAGCUGCUCAGAACUUCAUCAUUCCAAAGAAGGAGAUUCAUACAGUGCCGGACAUGGGCAAAUGGAAGCGUUCUCAGGCAUACGCAGACUACAUCGGAUUCAUCCUCACCCUCAACGAAGGUGUGAAGGGGAAGAAGCUGACCUUCGAGUACAAAGUCUCCGAGGCCAUUGAGAAACUGGUCGCUCUUCUCAACACACUGGACAGGUGGAUUGAUGAGACCCCUCCGGUGGACCAGCCCUCUCGAUUUGGGAACAAGGCCUACAGGACCUGGUAUGCCAAACUUGACGAGGAGGCAGAAAACUUGGUGGCCACAGUGGUUCCCACCCAUCUGGCAGCUGCAGUCCCUGAGGUGGCUGUUUACCUAAAGGAAUCAGUGGGGAACUCCACGCGUAUCGACUAUGGCACAGGGCACGAAGCAGCCUUUGCUGCUUUCCUCUGCUGUCUCUGCAAGAUUGGGGUGCUCCGGGUGGAUGACCAAAUAGCUAUUGUCUUCAAGGUGUUCAAUCGGUACCUUGAGGUUAUGCGGAAGCUCCAGAAGACAUACAGGAUGGAGCCAGCCGGCAGCCAGGGAGUGUGGGGCCUGGAUGAUUUCCAGUUUCUGCCCUUCAUUUGGGGUAGUUCGCAGCUGAUAGACCACCCGUAUCUGGAGCCCAGGCACUUUGUAGAUGAGAAGGCUGUGAAUGAGAACCACAAGGACUACAUGUUCCUGGAGUGUAUCCUGUUUAUUACUGAGAUGAAGACAGGCCCCUUUGCAGAGCACUCCAACCAGCUGUGGAACAUCAGUGCUGUCCCCUCCUGGUCCAAAGUGAACCAGGGUCUCAUCCGCAUGUAUAAGGCUGAGUGUCUGGAGAAGUUUCCUGUGAUCCAGCACUUCAAGUUCGGGAGCCUGCUGCCCAUCCAGCCAGUCACGUCAUGCUAGGAGGGCCUGAGCCUCCCAGGCUGCUCUCCCAACCCAGCUGCGGCCCCCUCCCCACCCCUCCCCUUUGUUCUUUCUGUUUGACUGUUUACUGGGGUGGGGUGGCGAGCUCCAGGUAGACGGAGAGCAUAAGGCUGAAGGACCUACGUUGGGAGAAGUGACCAAAGUGUGGCCAGUUUCCUGACAACCCCCUCUCCCUGCUGUGGCAGAGGGGCAGGAAGAGGGGUCUAGGCCUACCCCUCCUGUGCCUGCCCCUCUUUUCCUCCCAUCACUCCUGUCCAGCCCCAUUCUGAUACCUGGGGCUGUCCUGCGCCACUGUGGGGGAGGGGCUAUUUUGCCAUUUCCAUUGCUUUCCCUCCCCAUCUCCUGUUGCCUUUCUGAGGGUUGGAGCAGUUUCUCCCCAGGGUGGGUCAAUUUCCUGAGCCCCUGGUCUCCCAUGUUCAGGUGGGUUCCUGGGUGCUCUGAGGGCUGGAGGCUGGGGCCAGUGACCAGCCAGCCCAGGAGUGGAGUUGGAGAAGGAGGGAGGGAGAAGCCUGGGCUGUUUUGGCUGGUGACCCCCCAGCUCCUCCCUUUCUGGCUCCCCCUGGGCCUGAGGAGAUGUAUCCAGAGCCUCAUUCUGGCUCUGCUGUUCUUUGGCCCUUGACUUUGUUGGGUUUCCUGUUCAUAGCCACACCUGUCGCCCUCCCCAAGGGAUAGCCUCACUAUGAGGCUGCCCUUUGGGGGCACUGGGCUCCUGGGAGGGCUCAGGCAGGGUUUGCCCCCCUCUCUCACCAGACGAUUAGGUGAGGCCUACCUUUCCAAAGCACUCCAUGGCGGGGAGGGGGUGGCAGAGACUCCGGGAGGGGCUUGGGGCCAGUUGUGUGUGUGGAGAACCUGGAUUCCUCGUGGCUGCUGUACUUUCGGACGCUUCUGCUGCCUCCUCAUUGCUUCUUGCUCUUCUUCCUGAGGCCCCUUGGCCCUGUUUCUCUGCUCCCCGGGUGGUGAGUGGGCCAUCGCAGGAAGGGCUUAGAAAGCAGCAGCUCUGCUCCGUAUUCUCCCAGCUGCCCAGGACUUGCUGUGGGCUUUGUGGGAUGAGGUAAGCGAUGGCUCCCCAGCCUGGGCAUUGGCUAUGAGGAUGGGCAGGGGCUGAGCUGGCCGGGCCCGCCCCUAGGGGUGAGGGAUGCUACCUGCCAGUUCCCGAGUUUUCUUCUAGGGCUAUUCCCAGGCCUGGCUCUUGCAGACUCUCCCUUGCCCAAGCCUAGGCCUGCCCCUCUCCACUACUUUAUGCCCAUGUCUGGGUCCCACAUACCGUUUGGGGAGGAAGAGCACCUGAGAAGCACAAUAUAGGGCUUGACCCUCAGGUCUAGGCUGAUGAUCUGGGCCGAGGCUGAGGCAGGAGCCACAGAAAUAAAAGUUUUCCUAGGAGAGGCCUAGUGCCUGUCUCCUUCCCAUGGUCCAGACCACCACCCUCCGGGCACCUCCCUGCCCUGUGCCAGCGUCCCCCACCCCCUGGCCCCUUGCGCCUUCAUUGCUGUUGGGAUUAAAGCCUCUGUUUUGCACCUGU